GUCGUAAGUGGCGCUUAGGUGGAUACGUCACUUCCGCUCUUUCGUCAUCGCUGAGCGACGUUUUCUCCGAACGCAAGUGGUUGAAUCGAAAUCGCCUCGUAAAAGAAAUAUGGCACCAUCACCGACUAAGCGAAAGGAGGAGGAAAAAACAAAAGACAGAGGCAAAGAAAAAACUGGUACCAGGGAAGGAGAUAAGGAGAGAGGACGGGAGAAAGCUAGGAAACAUCGCAGUGCCUCUACUGGCAGCAGCAGCAGAUCUAGCUCAUCUUCAAGCAGCAGCUCUGGUUCAAGCUCAGGUUCCUCAAGCGGAUCCAGCUCAUCUGGAUCCACCCGCUCUGGUUCUUCAAGCUCUCGUUCCUCCUCAUCUUCCAGCUCCUCGGGCUCCCCCAGCCCGAGUCGUAGACGCCACGAUAACCGCCGCCGAUCCCGCUCCGCGUCCAAAACACAAAAGCGGGGAGAUGACAAGGAGCGAAGAAAAAGAAGCCCAAGCCCUAAACCAACCAAAGUUCACUUAGGGCGGCUGACCAGGAACGUCACCAAGGACCACAUCCAGGAGAUAUUUUCCACUUAUGGAAAAAUCAAAAUGGUUGACAUGCCAAUGGACCGUGUCCACCCUCACCUGUCCAGGGGCUAUGCUUACGUGGAGUUUGAGAGUCCUGAUGAGGCUCAGAAGGCCCUCAAACACAUGGAUGGAGGUCAGAUUGAUGGACAAGAAAUCAGUGCAUCUGCUGUGCUGACUCAACGAGUUCGUCCCCCACCUCGCAGACCGUCUCCCCCUCGCAGGAUGCCUCCGCCGCCACCUAUGUGGCGCCGCAGUCCUCCACGCAUGCGCAGAAGGUCUCGCUCCCCGAGGAGACGGUCCCCGCCACGUCGCCGUACUCGCUCAAGAUCUCCUGGUCGUAGACGCCACCGUUCUCGCUCCAGCUCUAACUCCUCCAGAUAGACGAUUUCCUGCCAGGUGUUGUCUUAAAUUCUGACACCAGAUCAGCUGGAGAUGUUGCUUUCCCAAACCUCCUGGACUCGCAAGAAAUAAAAUCAAAUGUUGUUGCAAACAUCUGCCUGCAUUUAGAUAGCAUAAAUGUUGUUUUUUUUCUGUGCAAAUGAGUGUUUUUAUUUUCAUAUUUUGUAUUUGGUUGACCCUGAAAGCUGUGUUGCUGUUUGUUGUAAUUCGAGCUGAGGUUGGGCGUGACUGAUUUCUACAAAUACUUCUUUUAAAGUGUGACUUCUUUUUACCAUGUACUAAUCUUUGACAUUUAAAAAAUAAAUUUUCUCAAACAUG